GUACUGUUCGUCAGUUAUUUCUCGGCAACUGUUGUCGAAUGGUGUGUGUUUCGGUUUGGACGUAGCGUACUAUCACGUUCAUUCAUUAGUUUUCUUUCCGAGAAAACCAAGUGAAAUAUAAUAUUGUACGUUUGUGUGUGGAUUUUGCUGUUUGUGUUGAUAACAAAAUAAGUUACCAUCGGUGAUUCGGACUUUCAGUGGAACAAGCAAGGAGCAGGCUCCUGCUGGGGAUGCGUCGACGUCCCACCAGGAUGACGUUGGCGACGCCAUGAACAAGGACAACGUGUCUACGAAGAUCGCAGCUGGCAUGGACCGCUGGCAAAACACCAUCGAAGAAAUGAUGCAUCUACGAUCUCCGAAUAAUCAGGCGUUUAAGGAUAAUUACUGGGCUCAAAAUGGCUUCGAUGAAUUACGGCGAUACGUGAAGCAAGGAAGCGAUUUUAGCAAGGAGUUGGCCUCCAUACUGCAGGAAAGGGUUGAAGCGGAAAUAUACUACUCAAAAUGUUUGUCGAAACUUGGCACGAAACUAAGUAAGGCUUGCAAGGACGGAAUAGGCUCGUGCGCCGAAGCCUGGAAACAUGUCGCAAUAGAAAUGGAAAAACGUGCUGAAAUACAUAGAAAUUAUUCCAGCGCACUGUCCGACGACUUAGUCAAACCAAUGAAGCUUGUUAUAGACAAUCAAUUAAAAAUGAGAAAAAAGAUCGAAGCCAACGUCGACAAAACCACGAGAUCACUUACCGAAUGGAGAUCGGCUGAGGCGAAGUCUAAGAGACAAUCUCAUGCGGCCGCCAGAGAGAACGAAAAACUGCAAGACGCCUCACUGGAUAUCAGCCGUAUUUCUCGUAGUUCAAGUAUGGGUCAUAUUCCUCAUUCCAUCCUCAGUGCCGCUCGCGCUGAUCGCAUCACGAGCUCUGCCAACGAGCGAGAGGCUGCUAAGCUUCAGGUUAAGAAGAGGAAAACUGAAGAAGCUGUUAAAAAAACUGAGAUGGAAUACUACAACGUUUGCGUGCAAGCCGAGAGAUCGCGGUUGGAGUGGGAAUCGAGCGUUGUGAAAGGCGCAGGAAUGUUAGAAUCAUUAGAGGAAGAAAGACUCGCGCAGCUGAAGGGCGCUGCCGAUUGCUAUCUCACAUUAACAGCUGCAGUCCCGCCGCAGUUGGCUGAGGCAACGAACGCGCUGGUAGCUCCGAUAAGUAAUGCAAAUGCUAACCUGGACAUGCGCGUGGUACGUGGGGUUCGUUCAGCUCCGGCCGGCGCUAGUGAGCAGCUGCUACCGGACUUCUACUGCGAACACACCACGCUGGCUAUGAACCGGGAACGACGCAAACAAGCGCUUCUUAAAAUACUACAGUUGGUGAAACAAGAUAUUGAAAGAGAGAGAAAGUCGAAGCAGGGUCUUGAAAAGCUAUCGAUGGCGAUAAAACAAACUCCAACGUUCGGCAACGAUGACUCACAACAGAACGUCGCCGACAAACUAUAUCACAUGCGUGCUAUGUUGACGUACUUGGAAGCGAUUCGAUACAAAAUAACGACGAGUCUCAGUCAGUUGGACAGCAGGGCUCCGGUGCAACACCCACUCUCCUCUCACAUACACAUCAUCAGAGACAAACAGGGGCUGCAGCAGAGUAUACUUAAAGUACCUCCAUGGUUACAAACUGACUACCAGAACGAAGUGAACAAAAACCUUCAGCCGAACUUCACUGCGCUAACGAAAAGUAUAAAUGGUGAAGAUCGGGAGAGGCGAGAUUCCAUCAUAAGUAGAGCAUCCAGCAAACUCCGCAUAGAACAUCUGUCGUUCAGAAGAAAUCUGGAACACAGGAGCGCCCCGGCGACGCCUAUAAGUUCAGCGCCGGCGACACCUACUGUCCCGUCCACUCCGGAGACAGCACCACCCGCAGCAGACAGUCCGCUGGACUGGAGUGAACGCGGCGCCGGAGAUGGUUUGUCCAACCAGCAGGAUAGCGAUUUUGAUGAAUUCUCAUCGCAAAGUGGAAGUUCUACGGACUUACAUUGUAUGGACAAAAAUAUAUCUAACGACGAACCCGACCAUAAAUACAUCGGAAAGUGCCGGGCGCUUUACAAUUACCAAGCGAGAUUGGAUGAUGAGCUGACCCUUGCUCCAGGUGAUAUUAUAAAUAUAUUUGAAAAACAAGAUGAUAUAUGGUGGAGCGGAGACCUCAACGGAACGUUCGGUAUAUUUCCGUCGUCCUAUGUCGAAGAAAUAACGUCUUGUAUAUAGUAUUUUAGUAUGUUGUUGGCUUUUUUGCUUCUACUGACUCUAAGCGACCGUACAGAUACCGGUACGACAUAGUAAACACAAUCGUCAGUACUUUUAGUCAGUUUUGACACUUCUCGCCUAUUCUCGGAAUAAUGGGUAAUGCCAUUUUUACCCAAUUUACUGGCAUCUGGCAAGAAAAAAGAAAGCAAAGCAAUACUUAAUUUGUCAUCCUGUUUCUACUACAAGUAUUCUGAAUUUCCACUUACGCAUUCAAUAAGUGUUCCAUAUUUAAAUAUGAAAUUUUAAUUUGUACUUAUAUAUUUAAUACCUGAUUCCUGCCACAAUAUCAUACUCAUUAUUUUGAUGUCUUAUGCAGUGCGGUUUCAAUCUUAUUUUCCAACUGACAAAACUUACAACGCGCUGUUUACUUACGUUAAGACUACUUUCAGAAAAAACUGACGAAACUGACCAUUAAGGUCAGCAAUGCGCUGGUGUUGAGAUAAUUGGCGGCUGCUAUCAGUUCUCAUGAUAAAUAAGAGCGUAUUUCGCUCUUUUUCCAAACCAUAAAAAUUUCAAACAGCGCGUCGACUAAUGAGCCAAUCAGGUGAAGCGUCAACUCUUACUGACCAAUGAGAAGCGUGCUUAUAACUCGUGCUGGUAUCUGUACUAGAGACGUCUACGUCUCAUGAGACUUUUUUCGCCAAGCGGAAACAUUGUGUGUUGUGUUCACAAGUGUCAGCAAAAGUCAACAAUGAGAUGCAAAAAAAGUAAGGAAUGAAGCGCAGCCGCUUAAUGAUUUAAUCCAGUCACUAUAAUAAAUUAUAAAUUAAUUAUGUAAAAUAUAUUAAUAUAAUUAUCAUUAGGUUAUCCAGAUUACUUCCGAUAGGGAACUAAAUUUUUGUAUAUUUUACUAAUUUUAACGGCUUAAGUGUUAGUACUGAAUAUGAUGUUAUACAAAAAUAUUCAGUUUCGAGAAUAUAGGAGACGUGAACAGGAUUUUUCUAUUACUUGAACAUACAAACUUAUUUUUUCUUUCAAUCAAAUUUCAGUUCCAACUUUGAUUUAGAAGUCGUAAACAGUCAGCUACUUCUGGAAUUAGCUCCUUAGUAUUUUGAAUAUUAAACGAACUAGCACACACAUUAAUAAAUCAAAAUUGUCAAACUACCUAACACACACAUUAAUAAAUCAAAAUUGUCAAACUACCUAACACACACAUUAUCCCACUGUCAGGUCGUCUACAUGCUAGUAUAUCAGUUACACUGUGCUUAAAGGUCUCAAUUUUUCGAUUAAUAAAGUAUGGACUUAUCAUCUUAAGAUGUUGGUUGGUAUAUUUGGUAGAAAAUAUGCGAGCAUUACUAAUUUCAAUAUUUGCGAAAAAAUUCUCAUUUACAUAGUCAAGACCGAUGAUUAUAUUAUAAUGUUGAUCCACUUCCUAGUGUAAUAAUCAAAUUUAUCGUUAAUCUGCAAAUGCCUAUUAAUAUUAGAGCGAGAAAGAAAAAUAACUUUAUCAGUAUCUCACAGAGAUAAGUUUGGCAAUAUAUUAUGUAGUAUUAAAACGUACAACAAAUUAUUCAAAGGAAUCUGCAUCAAAUGCAUUACAUCCCUGUAUUCGUCUUCUAUAUCAAAAGGACUUGUUAAUUGACUCAAGACUUGGUCAAUCAAAUGUAUUUAAUAAUUUAUGUAAAUAGUUAUGUUAAUGUACCCAUUUGUAUACACCGUUUCAAGCGAGAUUUACUGCUAAAUCUUUUGUUAAGAACUCAUUUUAAUAAUGUAGUUAUAUUGUAAUAUUGUUAUUGAACCAAAGUAUUGAUUGUAAUAAAUGAUAUUAAUUACAAA